GACUAGUGAUAGUCUAUAAACUUGAACUCUAAUCUGGUCUCAAAAAGUAACUUUUGUUUACACCGGAUACGGUAUCUAAAGCUUGUGUUUAGAUUAUAAAAAUUUUUGAAUUUCCUGUAAGCAAGAUGGCUGAUUCUGAAAAUGAGGAGAAUUCUGAAGGAGAAAGUAGUCGUGAAUCCAGUCCUGCACGAAGUCCUGGAAGCCCUGCAGGCAGCAAUCAAAGUGGAAGUCCCAUAGGCAGUCCAAGAAGUGGAAGUCCAGGUAGCCAUAGAAGUGGAAGUCCUGCAGGUAGCCCUAGAAGUCCUGCAGGGAGUGAAAGUGCUCCUGGUAGUCCAGGAAGUGUAAACAGUCCCCAUCAGAGUCCAGGCAACAGUCCUGAUGGAAGUCAAAGAAGUGGGAGUCCAGCAGGUAGCCACAGAAGUAGGAGUGGAAGUCCAGCAGGAAGUCAGAAAAGUGGUAGUCCCAUUCAAAGUCCCAGAAGCAGAAGUGGGAGUCCUGAAGCUAGUCAAAAAAGUGGCAGCCCUGCUGGUAGUGUCAGAAGUGGCAGCCCUGCUGGUAGUCACAGAAGUGGUAGCCCUGCUGGUAGUGUCAGAAGUGGCAGCCCUGCUGAUAGUCACAGAAGUGGCAGCCCUGCUGGUAGUGUCAGAAGUGGCAGCCCUGCUGGUAGUCACAGAAGUGGCAGCCCUGCUGGUAGUCACAGAAGUGGCAGCCCUGCUGGUAGUCACAGAAGUGGCAGCCCUGCUGGUAGUCACAGAAGUGGCAGCCCUGCUGGUAGUCAUGUUCAGAGAAGCAGAAGUGGAAGUCCUGCAGCAAGUCACAGAAGUGUUAGUCCUGCAGGUAGCCAUAGAAGUGCAAGUCCUACUGGUAGUGCUAGAAGUAGAAGUGGCAGCCCUGCUGGUAGUCAUAGAAGCAGAAGUGGCAGUCCUGCAGGAAGUCAUAGAAGCAAAAGUGCCAGUCCUGCAGGAAGUCAUAGAAGCAGAAGUGGCAGUCCUGUAGGAAGUCAUAGAAGCAGAAGUGGCAGUCCUGUAGGAAGUCAUAGAAGCAGAAGUGGAAGUCCUGCAGGAAGUCAUAGAAGCAGAAGUGGCAGUCAUGCAGGAAGCCAAGCUAGUAGUUCUACCUCUUCUCCAAGGCAGCGAAAAAGGUUGUCAUCUCAUUCUGGUUCAGACAGUGAUGUACCCAGGAAAAAAUCUCGGCGUCAGCUCAACAGUGAUGAUGACGAUGAUGAACAUGGCAAUGAGAAUGAUGGCUUAGAUGAGAUAGACCAAGCAGAAAGAGAUGCUUUACUUAAAGAAGCUGAUAUGGACUUGACAGAUUUGAAUGCCAUGGAGCUCUUUGGGGAUGCUGCAGAUAUUAGCUCAGAUGAAGAAGAUAAAGCAAGGAGGAAAGCAGAAGCUGAAAAGGGUGGACAGGGUGAUGAAGAAGAGAAGGAAGAGGAGCCACCAGAAAAUAGAAUUGAAGUAGAAAUUCCCAGAAUUAUAACAGACCUUGGCUCAGCUCUCCAUUAUGUUAAACUACCCAACUUUCUCAGUGUGGAAACAAGACCAUAUGAUGCAGACACUUAUGAAGAUGAAGUGGAUGAAGAUGAGGUGCUAGAUGAGGAAGGUCGGACUCGACUGAAGCUCCGGGUGGAGAAUACAAUUAGAUGGAGGAAGAAAUUAGAUGAAGAAGGAAAUGAAGUCAAAGAUGCCAAUGGACAUCUGGUCAGGGAAAGUAAUGCUCGUAUGGUGAAGUGGUCAGAUGGCAGCAUGUCCCUCCAUCUUGGUGAUGAAAUCUUUGAUGUUUACUCCAUGCCCUUACAAGGCGACUUUAACCAUUUGUUUGUUAGGCAAGGCACAGGCUUACAAGGGCAGUCCAUUUUUAAAACAAAACUAGUUUUCAGGCCACACUCCACAGACUCCUUUACACAUCGUAAGAUGACCAUGUCACUGGCAGACAGAACAACUAAGACACAGAAAGUUAAAAUAUUACCUAUCACAGGCCUAGAUCCAGAAGCUAAUAGAUCUGAUAUGAUUAAGAAAGAAGAAGAAAAAUUACGAGCUUCUAUACGUCGUGAAAGUCAGCAGAAGAGGGUACGAGAAAGAGCGCAUUCUCGAGGUUUGACCUCUUCAUAUCUAGAAGGUCGUGAUGAGGAGGAAGAGGAAGAUGAUGAAUCUUUCUCUAUAAGUGCUAUCAAGAACAAAUACAAACAGAAUAAAGAUGGAAAGAGAGCCAACAUUUACUCCAGUGAUGAAAGUGAAGAAGAGAAAGAAAGCAAGAAAAAAGUCAAGAGAGUUUUAAGUGAUGAUGAAUCUGAGGAAGAUGAAGACAUAUUGUCCAAGAAGAGAAAAGCUAAGGCUCUAGAAAGUGAGAGUGAAGGUGAAGGUCAUAGCAAAGAAGAAGACAAGAGUGGUGGUGGAGACAAUACUGGCAAUGAAUCUGGAGGAGGUGGGGGAAAUGAGAAAGGCUCAGACAGUGAAUAAAUCUCAAUAGCCAUGUUUGUUGAUGUUUCCAUUGGAUUGUUAUAUACAAAGUUGUCAGUUGAAUUAUCACCCUAUCCCCCCAUUUGUAAAAAAAAAAUAAUUAUGUCUCUAUCUUAUUUUUUAAUGUAUGUUUGAAUAAGAUUUUAUGAAUGUUGAUUUCAUUCAGAUGAUGUAUGUUUCAUUUGGUGUGUUGAGUAUGUUGCAUACUUUUUUUUUUGUUUUAACAUGUCUAUGGAUUUGAUCCAUUUAAAAUCAAAGCUUUGGAGCAGUUAAACUAUACAUUGUUUAGUCUUGUUUUAGUGCUCUAAAAAUAUCUAUACAUUUAAGCAUCCCAGCAGCUUUAUUAUGUUCAUUUCAUUGACACUUAACAGUCUUAUGGUGAUACUAUGUUAAAUACUUUGUAUCUCUGAAGGAGUUAGAGCCACAACCAUACAGACUCAGGGGUAUCAGGAUCCACAUUAUAUUAGAAGCCAUAACUGUUAGGUAUGUUUGGAUGUUAUACAACGGCUAAGAGGAUGGGGGGGGGGGGGAGUGGGAGGGUGGGUCUGAAGAUUUGUUAUGUAACAAAACAAAUAUUGAAAAUACAACUUUUUAAGAUUCGUUUUGUCAUUUUAUCUCGCAUGUUUAUGUUAUCACAGCGUCCCGAGCCUACAUUUUGUUUGUUUACAGCGCUUUAUAAAUUUUUUUUUUUUAUUAAGAGAUACAGUGGUCCCUAGACUUUUCACUGGUUCUACUUUCGCCGAACGCUAUGCCACAUGUUUUCAUAAAAUAUUAAUGGAAAAAUAUGCUGUGUUUUUUUUAACACCACUGGUUUUCCAGCGGCGCUCUAUGUAUAUGUAAAGUAUUGGGGGGACAAAAAUUGAAUACAUCUUCGAAAUGCUGAAAGAAUUAGUUACCCAUAUUUUUUAAAGAUACUAUAAUGAAAAAUGUAAUUUGGGAAAAUGAUAACGAAUUAAGAAUUAUUUAUAAAAUUCAAUUUUUCUUUUUAUGUUACUAUACCACGGGGUUGGGGGGGGGGUGAGUUUUGUUACAAGGCGUGAAAAGGUAGGGGGUGGGUCAAAAGAGAAUUUUUGGCAUUACAUAAUCUAGAAUCGUUCCUUAAGCAGAUUUCUUUUUGGCACACUUAUUUGAGAGGUUUAAUUUCAGAAGUCUUUCCUUGAGGAGGGCAGUCCAGUUUUGUCAGUGAAUUGUUUUCUCUCUGCUGGUACACAAACAUAACCUCUGACCUACAUACUGAACUUCUUAAUUGGUCCAAAAAGUGAUUCAGGUCUUCAACUAAAUGUAUUUGUUGUUAUUUAGAAUUUCAUGUAGUCUUUUUAUACAAAAACAAACAAAUGAAGCCUAAUUGUAGUCUCAGUUUUUAACAAAGCAAUUUCAAAUUGUUUAGAUGAAUAGUCCUAUCUAGUCAGAACUCACUCAGAACUUGACUUCUGCUCAUAAGCUUUGAUUGCAAUGACAAAUUUUGAAUAAACAGAAGAAUCAACA